CGAAAAUGGAGAAACACCCGAGGAAACAUUGACGUAUACGGGUAUCACCGUUGAGUGUGAAUGUUAAAAGCUUGUACCAAUGGAUUCAUUUAUAGGCAUAGAUCCCACACUCCCCAUUGACCUGGAUGGAAGUUCCAAUCCAGAUUUCCUUCCUGACAUUACUGGCAACCAUUUUGAAUAUGCUGAUGGAUCGGUACCAAUGGUAGCGAAGAGCAAUGGUAGAAUGAGCCCAAUUAGAGCCAGAACAAUGAAAGAAUAUGAUCAGCAUAUUGCGGAGUUGAAGAAAGAGAAUUUCAGCCUCAAACUACGGAUCUAUUUUCUGGAGGAACGCAUGCAGCAGAAGUUUGGAAAUGAGGAAGAUGUCUUUAAGACCAACAUUGAACUCAAGGUUGAGGUGGAGAGUCAGAAAAGGGAGCUGCUGGAUAAACACGAGCUCAUACAGAAAGCCAGCACUGCAAUGGAAAGUUUGACAAGCAAACACAACCAGGAUCUGAAAAAUCUGGCGAACCAGUAUGAAUCAGAGCUGAAGAGACUGAGAGAGGAAAGUGAGAGACAAAACCAGCAGGAUUAUGGGCAAAUGGUUGAGGAGCUGAAGGCAGCACAUGACUCGAUAGGAAAACUGGAAACCCAGCUAGAGACCGAGGUACAGAGAGGCAAGGACUUGCUGCAGCAAAUACAGGAGUUGAAGCCUGAACUUGAAGAAAAGAAAAGUAUGAUUGUCCGACUGACUGAGGACCACAACAAGCUAGAGGAUGAAUUCAUAAGUGUGAAGGGCGAGUUGGAGGAGACCAGGUCGAAGUCCGAUGAGAUGUCUGACAUGGUGGCCCGGUUACAGAUGGAACUCGGGCGAAAAGAGCGAGACAUUCACCAUCUGUCUAGUGCAUUUAGAGACACCAGCAUCGUGGACAGUGAAUCCAUCCUUGCCCCCACUCACCUGCAGGAUGUCGUUGAUGACCAGAAGGAAACGAUCAGUAAAUUGUCGAAGGAGCCUCUAAACCUGCAGUCUCCCGAUGUCUUGAGGUCUGUUAAACACAACAUAGGUAGUGUCGCUUUACGUGACCAUUGA